AUGACUCAGAGCUUCGACUUCGGCUCACUGAGCUGCAGUGUAACUUGUCAAGUGACUCAGAGCUUCGACUUCGGCUCACUGAGCUGCAGUGUAACUUGUCAAGUGACUCAGAGCUUCGACUUCGUCUCACUGAGCUGCAGUGUAACUUGUCAAAUGACUCAGAGCUUCGACUUCGGCUCACUGAGCUGCAGUGUAACUUGUCAAGUAACUCAGAGCUUCGACUUCGUCUCACUGAGCUGCAGUGUAACUAGUCAAUUGACUCAGAGCUUCGACUUCGUCUCACUGAGCUGCAGUGUAACUUGUCAAGUGACUCAGAGCUUCGACUUCUGCUCAUUGAGCUGCAGUGUAACUUGUCAAAUGACUCAGAGCUUCGACUUCGGCUCACUGAGCUGCAGUAGCUUCGACUUCGGCUCACUGAGCUGCAGUGUAACUUGUCAAGUGACUCAGAGCUUCGACUUCGGCUCACUGAGCUGCAGUGUAACUUGUCAAGUGACUCAGAGCUUCGACUUCUGCUCAUUGAGCUGCAGUGUAACUUGUCAAAUGACUCAGAGCUUCGACUUCGGCUCACUGAGCUGCAGUAGCUUCGACUUCGGCUCACUGAGCUGCAGUGUAACUUGUCAAAUGACUCAGAGCUUCGACUUCGGCUCACUGAGCUGCAGUGUAACUUGUCAAAUGACUCAGAGCUUCGACUUCGGCUCACUGGGCUGCAGUGUAACUUGUCAAGUGACUCAGAGCUUCGACUUCGGCUCACUGAGCUGCAGUGUAACUUGUCAAUUGACUCAGAGCUUCGACUUCGUCUCACUGAGAUGCAGUGUAACUUGUCAACUGACUCAGAGCUUCGACUUCUGCUCAUUGAGCUGCAGUGUAACUUGUCAAAUGACUCAGAGCUUCGACUUCGGCUCACUGAGCUGCAGUAGCUUCGACUUCGGCUCACUGAGCUGCAGUGUAACUUGUCAAGUGACUCAGAGCUUCGACUUCGUCUCACUGAGCUGCAGUGUAACUUGUCAAGUGACUCAGAGCUUCGACUUCGGCUCACUGAGCUGCAGUGUAACUUGUCAAGUGACUCAUAGCUUCGACUUCUGCUCUCUGAGCUGCAGUGUAACUUGUCAAGUGACUCAGAGCUUCGAAUUCGGCUCACUGAGCUGCAGAGUAACUUGUGAAGUGACUCAGAGCUUCGACUUCGUUCACUGA